AUGGCAACAGAAACUCAAACACGCACGCAACCAGAAGUCCUCACCUUCUCAACCCUCCCACCAUUUCCAGCAGAUAUCCCCACAGCUCCUCUCCACAGACUUUCACUUUCCAAACUUCGAAGUGAAUCCCCGGAAUCUGAACGCUUGUUUUCAUCAUGCAAAGACCUCGGCUUCUUCUAUCUUGAUUUAAGACAAGACGAUGAAGGUGAAUCGUUGUUAAAGGAUGCCGAUAAUCUGUUCAACCUCGCCCCCAAGCUGUUCGACCUGGGAAGAGACGAGCUCCAGAAAUAUGACUACAAAUCGCAGGGAAGUUAUAUGGGAUACAAGCGGUUUGGAUCUGCUGUUGUAGAUGAGAAGGGGAAUUUGGAUAGAAAUGAGUUCUACAAUAUACCGAAAGAUGACUUCCUCGGCAUCAGCUCCAAGCCCUUCGCUCAUCCACAGGUCCUUCACGAUCAUAACUCUCUCAUCACAUCAUAUAUGCGCACCUCGCAUUCCCUCGUCGUCUUCAUCCUUCGCCAUAUAGAGAAUCACCUCCAUCUUCCAGCAGAAACAGUCACCUCACUCCACCGUCAAAUGCAAAUCUCAGGCGAUCAAGUCCGAUUCGUGAAAUCACCUCCUCAGCCUCCAUCCGAUAUGCGUACUGCCUUAGGGAAACAUACCGACUUCGGCAGCAUCACGAUCUUGUUCAAUCGGCUUGGAGGUCUGCAGAUCUUGCCUCCGCCUUCUCUGACUCCAGCUGGACAAGAACCUCAAUGGACUUAUGUCAAACCAUUGCCGGGACAUUGUAUUGUCAAUCUGGGAGAUGCGAUGGUCAAGUUCACAAACGGGUUAUUAAGAAGCAACAUCCAUCGAGUUGUGAGUCCACCUGGUGAGCAGGCCAAAGAAACGAGGUAUAGUUUGGUAUAUUUCUCGAGACCAGAGGAUGAAGUGAUUCUGAAGAGGUUGGAGGGUAGUGAUGUUAUCCCUGAGCUUCGAGACGGCGAGAAAGAAGAGGAAGUAAAUAGCAAGGAAUGGAUUAAAUUGCAGGCUAUGAGGUUGAGAAACGUUAAGGAGGGAAUGAGCGACGAGGAUAGGAAGAAACUUUGGCAAGAAGCUGGAAGGGGGACAUGA